GGUUAUUUUUCAUCAUGGACGAUAAGCAUCGUGAUCUGCUGCGAACGCAUCGGGUGUAUCUCUUGGAGAAUCUGCAGCCUAAAUCAAUGAUCGAUCAUCUUGUAGAGAAAAAGUUGCUUUCUGAUGAUGAACUGGACGAGAUUCGCGCCGAGAAGAAAACGAAGGAGCAAAUUCGUCUCAUCAUCGACAAGCUGCCUCGCAAAGGACCCACAGCAUUCGAUAAAUUUAUAGAAGUAUUGAAGGUGACGGGCCAGGAGUAUGUUGCCACGAAACUAUGCGGAGAUCUCGUCAAACAAGAUGUUGUCGAGCCAUCACCAUUAUUUCCCAUACCAUUUCAAGAAACUCGUAGAGAGGAUGUUUCCUCCAAGGCAAAUGUUCCAGUUUUAAAUUUACCAUCAAAAACUGAGACUGAUGCACAUCGUGAUGACUGUUAUCCGAUGACCAAGGUGCCUCGUGGAAUGGCUCUCAUUAUUAACAAUAAGCAUUUCCAUCCCAAGUGCGGUAUGAACAUGCGCAAGGGAACUGACGUAGACGCCGCCAAUCUUCAACAGGCAUUCAAAUUUCUUGGAUUUUUGGCGACUGUUCUGCAUGAUCAAGGAACUAAUGAUAUGGAAGACAACUUACGGAAGUUGGCUCGAUACGACCACAGUAACUAUGACUGUGUUGUUGUAUGCAUUCUUACUCAUGGAGUCGAAGGCAAAUUGUAUGGCUCUGAUGGCAAUCUUAUUGAAGUUCAACGGUUGAUUCGGCUGUUCAAUGGUGAUCAGGCUCCAUAUUUGGUUGGCAAGCCGAAGCUCUUCUUUAUACAAGCUUGUCGAGGUGACAGCUUUGACUAUGGCCGGGAUGAGAGUGAUGGUCACCAGAAUGACACUGAUGGUGUACCAGCACAAGAGCCAGUCAUCAUUGAGAGAGCACUAGGCGAAGGAGUAGACGAGACAGAUGCCAAGAUGAGUGCACUACCUGUCGAAGCAGACAUGCUGCUUGCAUACGCUACUGUCCCCGGGUAUGUCUCGUGGCGAAACAGUGAACGAGGCUCUUGGUUCGUGCAAGCAUUGACGGAGGUUCUCGUUCACGACGCCACAAAAGAUGACGUCACUCACAUGAUGGUUUCAGUCAACAGAAAGGUUGCUACUGAGUUUGAAGCUAAGGGUAGACGCAAACAGAUGCCAGCACCGGUUGUGCAAUUGUUGAAGAAACUUUACUUUCGCUAGAAUUCUCUGUAGGUUGAACUGACAGCAACAAGAUAGGGUCUUCGUUUUUUGUCGUACUUGAGCGUACUAAUCAUUUGUCAUGAUCUGAAUUGAUUUUGUGUAUAUGCUGAAAGCAGCUGGAACAUGAUACUAAAAAUGUUUGUCCACUACA